AUGACGGUGGAACUCCCGAUCCCCGAUACACGCGUCCUGGCCGUCGCCAGUCAUGUUGUGUCCGGAAAUGUAGGAAACAAAAUCGCCGUCUUCACACUGCAGUCCCUUGGCUGCGAUGUCGCGGCUCUCAACACCGUCCAGUUCAGCAAUCACACAGGCUACAGACAAUGGAAGGGGACAAGGGUGUCCGCCCAGGAGAUCCGGGACCUCUUUGAGGGGCUCAAGCAGUCGUACCUAGACGACUUUGACAUGAUGCUCUCGGGCUACAUCCCCGGCGCCGAGGCCGUCGUGGCCGUCGGCGAUAUCGCAAAGGAGCUCAAGCGGAAGCAGGCCGCCGCGGGGACGCCGGGCGGCUUCUUCUGGGUCCUGGACCCCGUCAUGGGCGACAACGGGAAGCUGUACGUCGCCGAGGAGGUCGUGCCCGCGUAUCAGAGCCUCGUCGAGCACGCCGACUUGAUUCUCCCCAACCAAUUUGAGGCCGAGCUCCUCUCGGGCGUCAAAAUCACCGACAUGCAGACGCUCCAAACCGCCAUCCGCGCCCUGCACACAAAGUACCGCAUCCCCCACGUCGUAAUCACCUCCGUCUCCCUCGCCUCGCCUGACCACCCGCCCUCCCACCUCUCCGUCGUCGGCUCCAGCAUGUCGCCCUCCACCGGCGAGCCGCGCCUCUUCAAGAUUGUCUUCCCCGCCAUCGACGCCUACUUCUCCGGCACGGGCGACAUGUUUGCCGCCCUCAUGACGGUGCGCAUGCGCGAGGCCGUCAUCGCUGCCAGCGCCAACAGCGAGGACCAGCAGCAGCUCAAGGACCGCGAAUCCUGGCUCAGCGGCGACGAGGUCGACGCGCUGGACCUGCCCCUCGCCAAGGCGGCGGAGAUGGUGCUGGCGAGCAUGCACGAGGUCCUCACGCAGACGGCGCGCGGGAUGCAGGAGGUCGUCGCGGCCGCUGGCGGGGACGCCUUGGCGGAGACGGAGGAAGGGAGGACGAAGCUUCACCUGCUCAAGAGCAAGAGCGCCGAGCUGAAGCUCGUGAGGAACCUUGCGAGCUUGCGGGAGCCGACUGUGGAGUUGAGAGCGAGAAGGUUGUAG